UAAAUGAAAUGAUUGUCAUAUGUGCACAGCGAGGAUCAUUCCCUGCUCUGAAGCGUUUUUGUCUCCAAUUAAGCAGCGUGACAUACCUGGACUUCCGGGCUGGUGUAAUGCCCAAGCUCCAGAGGCUCGAGGCAAUGUAUAAUAUGAGUGGAUCGGAUCAGAAUGGCGCUGCACCAGCCGGCAUCGAGCACUUGUUAGCGCUUGAAGAAUUAUCUGCAGCAAUCGGCUGUGAAGGUGCUACAGAACCCAUGAAGAGAAGCACGGAGUCUGCCUUGACGAGUGCUAUCAACAUGCAUCCAAGCCAUCCUCGUGUUACAAUCAGAUUCUUCCGUCGCAAUCUGAAUUUUUUUCCAGAGUAAUUUCUCCUUUUGCUCGGCAGCAACAACAUAUUGUAUGUACAAAUCCGCAUCUUCAUUCUCCCCGUCUCAAUAUCUCUCACUCAUUUUUGUUUGUUUCAUAGAAAUUACCCAUGGUAUGUACCUCUACCUCACCAGUCAACAUGGUAUCAUUAUUGCUUUGCUAGCUAUGAUUUUCUUUUAUUUUUUUAUGUCAAGGUUUACAUAAUACUACAUACCUAGCCAAAAAUAUGACUAACAAGUAGAGUAUUUCGCAAAGAGAUAGUGUUUAACAUGAUUUAAUUUCUAUUAUUUGCUUGCUAAGAUGACAUGUAGACUUUGUAUGUUGUUCCACCAUGUUAUGUUCCUCUCUUAGAUCUUCUACUUGGGGUUUCUUUAUUUUCUUACGGAAACUGCCGUACCACUAGAUUGAAUGGGAAAAAAGUAGAUAAUGGUUGUUCUGAACUCCUACGGCUGCCUGACUUUUUACAAAACUAGAACAAUGACCGUGCGUUGCUAUGAAACUAAAAAAUACGAAGAGUUAGGUCACUGGCUUAGGAAAUCGUCAAAAUACGAUGGUGCCAUGUGGAAUUUGCUUGUAGUUCACUAUUAAAAAGAUAAACAAUACCACAAAAGAUCACGCAUCAGACACUGAAUCUUAAGUGACCAUGGUCCUUUACAAACACAACAUUUCGUAUGUUGAAACAUAUGAAAAUAGACAAUGGUACUGGACAAGGUCGUGGGUCAGGUAGGAGGAUAAGGUCUAUCAUCGUUUUCGAAUUACAAUCUGUUCACUCUCUUGUUCUGUGAUAUAAAACUGAAAUAACUUGGCUGGAAAAAAAGAAAAAGAAAAAUAAGAGCAUUAUAUUGAGUUGGAGUCGCAUUUCUGCAUUUGUUAUUUGUGCCCAAGUGUUAGUCUCACAUGAAUAGUAGUGUAUUGUUUAUUUGUGUUUGAUCCCACAUGUGAGCACAAAUACAUUUGUUUAUUUAUGUUUAUGGAAGGUUGCUAUUCUUAAUGUGGGUAGGGGUGCAUUUGUUUAUUGUGAAGGUUGUUGGUCCCACAUGUGAAUUCGCCAUCAACUCUAACCUUUAUAAGUAGGAAAGAUAACUGACCACUCUCGACGAUGUUGGUUUUCAGGAAAGGAGCGGAUUUCAGUUCCUGUCACUUGGAACAACAGGUCAGGGUCACAACGACAAAGAGAUCGAGGUUUAUCAUUGGGAAUGGGGAAUUGACUAGAUUCUGGGAAGACACCUGGCUAGGAGAAGCGCCUUUGGCUCUUCAAUAUCCGCGGUUGUACCAUAUUGCCCAGCGUCGACAAGUGUCAGUUGCGGCGGUAUUGCGUGAGACUCCCCUUAAUAUUCAAUUCCGCAGAUCUCUAGUUGGGGAUAGAUGGAUUUCCUGGUUGCAUCUAGUUAGAAAGUUAAUGGAGGUUAAUCUUUCUGAUAGGACUGAUCGAAUCUCCUGGAGAUUAACAACGAAUGGGUUGUUUACGGUUAAAUCCAUGUAUUCUGAUCUUAUUGAUUCCGUACCUAUUCCAAAAUCCAAACAUAUUUGGAAGAUUAGAGUUCCUCUUAGAAUUAAAGUUUUCUUGUGGUUUGUUCACAGAGUUAUUUUAACUAAGGAUAAUUUGGCCAAACGGAAUUGGAAAGGUAACCCCAGAUGUUGUUUCUGUCCAAGAGUAGAGAGUAUUCAGCACCUCUUUCUCGACUGUCUUAUGGCUAAACUUGUUUGGCGCUCAAUUCAUAUUGCUUUUAACAUCUCUCCUCCUGUAAACUUCAACUCGUUAUUUGGAACGUGGUUACGGGGAAUUGAUGUUCAAUUGGCCAAAUCUAUUCGUGUCGGAGCAUGUGCUCUUCUUUGGGCUUUAUGGAAUAGCAUAAAUGAUUUGGUUUUUAACAGACUUCAUGAUAUUAACUUUCUGCAGGUUAUCUACAGAAUUACUGCACUGAUCCGUACAUGGUCGUUACUAACUCCUGUGGCAGCCAGGGAGCCUAUGGUUACUGGGUGUGUCCGCUGGGAGAUGGUAGCACAGGGUAUCUUCGACCGGUUUGGAUGGCGGCAUAUUAAUAGGAUAGGUGUUUAGUCAUCUUUAUCUUUUAGCCACUUCACGCCGCGGCGUGAUGUUCACCAUGUAUCUUUUUUUCCGUUUUUCAUAUACUUUGUACUGCUUGAACACUAUGUUUGCUUAAUAUAUGGUUGUAUGCAUC